AUGGGUUACCUCCUUCUCCGCGACAUCGCCAGCGAUGUCGACUCCGCAAAGUCAACCUUCAGCAGCUGGGACAAAUGUAUGGAAAAGGCCUAUUGCAAAUGGCCUGCGAUUAUAGGAAUUGUCAUCGGCUCCCUCAUACUCCUCUCCCUCAUCUGGUGUUUCGCCCGAUGCCUUUGCUGCGGAGCCGAACUGUGCUCAUGUUGCUGUCGAUGCUGCCCCUCUGGUCGAAGGCGCGAACGUCCUUCCAAAUUCCAAGAUGAUUAUUCUCGCAUGCAGCCGGCCCCUUACGGUGGCUAUCAGCCAGCACCAGCGCCCAUGGCAUAUGGCAAUCCUAAUGUUCCUCAAUUCGCUACAUUUGAUGAUCCCAGCAAGAGGGCCAACCCCGACAGUCUCCCUCCCAUGCCCAGCUGGGACACCGCUGCCAACAGAAGGAUUGAGGAUACAAGUGAACCUGUCCACUCAGGACCGAACGGAGACCUGGAAAUGGGCAGACUUGACGGACAGCCACAGAGAACAAGGAAUGGCUACAAUGCUGUACCAAAUGGACCCCUAUCUCCAGCAUCUUCACGUCCGCAAGGCGACCCAUUCGCCAACACUGGGAUGACACACGCCUAUAAUGGUGAUCUGGGGGCUCAAGGAAUGAGCCAGAAUGGCACAGGCUACGAGAACUUUAGACAGGCCCCUCUAAGUCCUCCACCAACGUACCGCUCCCAGUCAAACACACCAUCAUUGCAGUCUGACAGAUUCAUGACUGGCGCACCAAGCGCGGGUCAGGCACCAUAUAACCAGCAGAGGCACAACCCAUAUUCAUCACAGCCACCACCACAACAGUCUUAUCCUUCUAAUUCGCCAACCCGAUAUGCUCCGAGCAGCAUGAGCACGAGAUAUGAGGCGCCUACCGAUUACGCUUCAAGCAGAAUCAGCAUGCCUGACAUGCCUGAACCUCGAUAUGCCCAGCCCCAGCCCCAGUACCCAAGCGAAACGCCUAGUUUCCUGCAACAUGGACAAGUCGGAAGGAAACCUAUUGGCGGAAGCGUCAGAGAAAUCUGA